AUGUCAAAUUACCAACAAAAAAACAAUGCUAUUGAUGAAGAAAUCUCAUCAAUCAAUCAAACUAAGUUAUUUACAGGCGAUUCGUCAACAGUAUCCUACAUUUCUUUUUUAUCCGAUGAACCACAACCAAGUGACCUUGAUGAUAAUUAUCAAUUUCUUGACAACACCCAACUCGAUUCUCAAGAACAAAAAAAUCAAUCAUUAGAAAAAAAGUCGCAAUCUGACACUCCCUUACUUCGCAAAACAUCACCUGACACGCAAUUGCUUUCUAGCAGUCCAUCUGAAUCAAUCAUAGUUAAGGAUGAUUUACGAUCUACAACUGAGAAAGGAGAAAACUUAUUACUACAUGAAGUUACCCAAUCUCAAGAUUAUAAAUCGAAACGACCGCCACCGGAUUCAGAACAUUUUAAUCGCACGAUAUACACGGAAGAAAUACUAUUGUCCGACAAUGAUUUGCGAUCUUUUCUAGAAGGUCGAACGAAUCUCUCAAAUAAUCAAAAAGCACGGAUUGAGGCUUAUUUAAGUAAACACUCGGCAUUCAAUCGAAGUGCUUCUUUAAAAUAUAUAACCAGUACAAAACUACCAGUCCACAAAUAUACACUUGAUGACAACCUGUAUCCUGACUAUAAAAGCGAAGAUACACAGUUACAAGAUCAUGAUUCAAAGACGCCAUCAAAUGAUUCGAAUGCUUUGAAUUACACAAUAGACCAAGAACAAAUACCAUUCUCUGAUCAUGAUUUGCGAUCUUUUCUAGAAGAUCGUGCGAAUUUUACAAAGAGUCAAAAAGCAAAAAUUCAAGCUUACAUAAAUCAACAAUUAUCAUUAAAUCGAAGUGCAUUUUCGAAAUAUACAACGAGCACAAAACUACCAAUCACAAAAUAUACGCUUGACAACAAGACGAACUUUUACUAUCAAAGAAAUACUACAAAAUCUCCAGGUUAUCACACAGAGACACUACUAUCUGAUGUGAAAGACUUUAAUCACACAAUCGAUACAGAAAUAAUGUUUUCAGACGAUGAUGUACAAUCAUUCUUAGAAGGUCGCGCGAAUUUUUCAAAGGAACAAAAAGCAAAGAUUGAGGCUUAUUUAAAUAAGCAAUCGUCAGCCAAUCGAAGUGCAUUUUCUAAAUACUUAACGAGCACAAAACUACCGACCACUAUAAAUGCUUCUCUUGAUAACGUAUAUUCUGAUCAUGGGAUCGAAGAUAUACGUUCCCAAGAUUAUGACUCGAAGAUACCAUUAUCGGAUUCGAAAAAUUUAAAUCGCACUAAAGACACAGAAGGAAUAUCAUUCUCUGAUGAUGAUUUACGAUCUUUUCUAGAAGAUCCAUCGAAUUUCACCAAGAGUCAAAAAGAGAAAAUUCAAGCUUAUUUAAAUAAGCAAUCAUCAACCAGUCGAAGUGAAUCUUUCAAAUCCUUACCGAGCACAAAACUACCAACCACAAAAUACACAUAUCAUGACAGCAAGAAAUCUCACUUUGACAACCAUGAUACACAGCCUCAAGACUAUCUCACGAAGACACCAUUAUCUGAUUCAAAAGACUUUAAUCCCACAAUCGAUACAGAAAUAUUUUUCUCCGACGAUGAUUUGCAAUCAUUCUUAGAAGGUCGUGCAAAUUUCUCGAAUAAUCAAAAAGAACAGAUUGAAACUUAUUUAAAUAAACAAUCAUCAACAAAUCGAAGUGCAUUUUCUAAAUACUUAACAAGUACAAAACUACCGGCUACUAUAUACGCUUCUCUUGAUAACGAAUAUCCUGAUUAUUCAAGCGAAGACAUACAGCUACAAGAUUAUGAUUCGAAGAUACCAUUAUCUGAUUCCAAAACUCUUAAUCGCAGUAAAGAUAAAGAAAGAAUAUUAUUCUCCGAUGAUGAUGUGCGGUCUUUCCUUGAAGGUCGAGCGAAUUUUUCAAAGAAACAAAAAGCACAGAUUGAAGCCUAUUUACGUACACGAUUGUCUUCCAACCGAAGUGCUUCUUUGAACUAUUCGACUAGCACAAAACUACCAGGCAGAAAAUAUACAUCUAUUGACAACAGAUAUCCUGAGUAUGAAAGUGGGAAUACACAAUCACAUUCUUAUCUAACAAAGACACCAUUAUUUGAUUCGAAAGAUCUUAAUCGCACAAUAGACACAGAAAACAUAUUAUUCUCAGACGAUGACUUACGAUCAUUUAUAGAAGGUCGAUCGAAUUUAUCAAAUAAUCAAAAAGAACAGAUUGAAGCCUAUCUAAAUAAACAAUCAUCAACAAAUCGAAGUGCAUUUUCUAAAUAUUUAACAAGUACAACACUACCGAUCACUAAAUAUGCACCUCUUCACAACGUAUAUCCUGACUAUGCAGGCGAAGAGAUUCAGUUGCAAGAUUAUGAUUCGAAGAUACCAUUAUCCGAUUCGAAAAUUUUUAAUCGCAGUAAAGACGAAGAAAGAAUAUUAUUCUCUGAUGACGAUGUGCGGUUUUUCCUUGAAGGUCGAUCGAAUUUUUCAAAGAAACAAAAGGCGCAGAUUGAAGCCUAUUUACGUACACGAUUGUCUUCCAAUCGAAGUGCCUCUUUGAACCAUUCGACGAGCACAAAACUACCAGGCAGAAAAUAUAUACCUACUGACAACGCGUAUCUUGACUAUGAAAGUGGGAAUACACAGCCACACUCUUAUCUAACAACGACACCAUUAUUUGAUUCGAAAGCUUUUAAUCGCACAAUAGAUAGAGAAAAGAUAUUAUUCUCAGAUGAUGACUUACGGUCAUUCCUUGAAGGCCGAGCAAAUUUAUCAGAAAAUCAAAAAGCGAAGAUCGAAGCUUAUUUAAGCAAACAAUUGUCAUCUAAUCGAAGUAUCUCUUCGAAAUUUCCAGCGAGUACAAAAUUCCCAGGCAAGAAAUAUACACAUGAUGAGAACGUGCAUGCUGACUACGAAAGUGAAGAUACACAGUUGCAAGAUUAUGAAUUGGAGAUACCAUUAUCUGAUUGGAAUGACUUCAAUCGUACACUUCAUGAAGACGGAAUACCAUUGUCUCUUGAUGACUUACGAUCUUUCCUAGAAGGUCGAGCUAAUUUGUCAAAAAAGCAAAAGGCGCAUAUUCGAGCUUAUCUUAGUAAACAACCUUCACGCAGCCACGACAUUUUUUUAAAAUAUUCAACGAGCACUAAGCUACCAAGCAGAAAAUAUCCAGCGGACGACAACCUAUAUCGAGACGAUCAAAUCGAUAGUAUGCAAUCACAAAGUGAUGUACCACGGACACCAUUAUUUCAUUCGAAAGAUUUUAAUCGCACAAUAGAUAGAGAAGAAAUAUUGUUCUCAGACGAUGAUUUGCGAUCAUUCCUAGAAGGCAGAGCGAAUUUGUCAAGGAAUCAAAAAGCACAAAUUGAAGCUUAUUUAAGUGAACAAGCGUCAUCUAAUCGAAGCACAUCUUCAAAAUAUUCAACACGCACAAAACUACCAGACGUAAAAUUCACGCUUGAUGACGGUCUGAAAUCAGAUGAUGAAAGCGAUGAUACGCAGUCUAAUGGUUAUGUGACAAAGAGACCGCUGUCUGAUUCGAAAGAUUUUAAUCAUACCAUAGACGAGGAAGGAAUAUUGUUCUCCGAUGAUGAUUUGCGAUCUUUUUUUGAUGGUCGAGCAAAUUUGUCAAAUAAUCAAAAAACUCAGAUAGAAGCUUAUUUAAGUAAACAAUCGUCAUCCAACCAAGAUUUUUUUUCGAAAUAUGCAACAAGUACCAAGAUAGCAACUCAACUAUAUACACCUGCUGGUAUCCAUGCUGACUACCAAAACGAAACGACGCAGUCGCAACAUUAUCUAAUAACGACACCAUUAUCCUACUCGAAAGAUUCUAAUCACACCAAAAGCACAGAAGGCGUUUCAUUCUCCGAUGAUAAUUUGCGAUCAUUCCUAGAAGGUCGAGCCAAUUUGUCAAACAAGCAAAAAGAACAAAUAAGAGCUUAUUUCAGUCACCACUCGUCACCCAAUCGAAGCAGUUUUCCAACACAUUCAACGAGCACCAAACCAGCAGUAACAAAUUAUACAUUUGAUGACAGCCUAUAUACAGAAUACGAAAGCGCAGACAAACAAUUGGCACAUAAUCAAUCAAAAGAUCCUAAUCACACAAUAGUUCAAGAAGGAAUAUUAUUUUCAGACGAUGAUUUACGAUCUUUCCUUCAAGGUCGAGCGAAUUUGUCAAAGAAGCAAAAAACCGAGAUUGCAGCUUAUCUCAAUAAACAAUCAUUAUCAGAUCCGAGCACCUUUUCAAAAUAUUCAACGAGCACCAAAGUACCAAGCAAAGAAUCUACAGCUGAAGACGAAAUACACCCUGGUCAUCAAAGUCAAAGUACACAAUCGCAACGCAAUCUUACAAAUACAAUAUUUUCCCAUCCGCCAGAUUUUAACCGCACUAUCCAUGCAGAAGAAAUAUUAUUUUCCAAUGCUGACUUACGAUCUGUCCUCGAAGGUCGACCUAAUUUGUCAAACAAGCAAAAGGAGCAGAUUCGAGCGUAUCUAAGUAAACAAUCAUCAUCCAACCAAAGCAUUCUUUUUACUUACCCAACGAGCACAAAACUACGUGCCCCAAAUUAUACAUUUAAUGGCAACCUAUAUCCUGAAUACGAAAGCGAAGACACACAAUUCCCAGAUAAUCAUUCAAAAGAUCGUAAUGACACCAUGCCCCACGAAGGAAUAUUAUUCUCAGUCGAAGAUUUACGAUCAUUCCUAGAAGGUCGAGCGAAUUUGUCAAGAAAUCAAAAAGCACAAAUUGAAGCUUACUUAAGCAAACAACCACCAUCGGAUCGAAGUAUAUUUUCACAAUAUUCACUGAGCACUAAGCUGCCAAGCAGAGAAUCUCCAGCUGAUGGCAAAGUAUACACUGAUCAUCCAAGCCAAAGCACACAGUCACCACGCCAUCUUACAAAGGUACCAUCAUCCGAUUUGCGAGAUUUUAACCGUACUAUCCAUGCUGAAGGAAUAUUAUUUUCAAAUGAUGACUUACGAUCUUUNAAGUCUGUUUAA